AGAUAUUGUAGCCACUACCAGACAGCUGACAACUGUCAGUUUUUCGUUUAUAUAACCUGACCAUUUGCCAUUAAUUGAUAACAAAAUAAUUGAUUUAAAUUAUAUCCAUGGCUUCUAUAAUUCUACGAAGCAAAAUUUCACCGUCCACGGUUUUAAAGGCGUGUUCCGCAAGUCUAUCGACAGGUGCUCCUUCUUUUGCAGCUGAAACGCGAGAUAUCAAUAAAUCGAUAUGUCUGAAAGAAGCGCCCUUAAUAAAAAAAGAAGUUGGAUUAAUGAAACGGGAAGAUAUAAUUCAAAAACAGCAACAUGAUGAGGCGAUGAUUACUAUUGAAAAACCUAGUGAAGUGGCUACGUUCAGCGGCGUUCCGGAAGAGCACAUCAAAGGCAGACGUGUUAGAAUCUUUGUUCCUCCAAAAAAUGCCAUGCAAAGCGGCACAGACAACAUUCACCAGUGGAGUAUGCAGUUUGAUACACGAGAACGUUGGGAAAACCCUCUAAUGGGCUGGUCUUCCACAGGUGAUCCGCUGUCUAAUGUUGAAGUCAACUUCCCAAAUAAGGAUGAUGCAAUCGCAUUCUGUGAGAAAAAUGGUUGGGCUUGGUUUAUUGAUGAAAAAGCACCACCCAAACCAAUGAAGCCUAAGAGUUAUGGCGUUAAUUUUUCUUGGAACAAGCGUACUCGCGUUUCAACUAAGUGAUAAUUUAUUGUGAAGUGUAAAUAAAUAAAUGGAUAGUUUACAAAGUA